GAUACCAUAACCUUCAUUCGUGACACGCGGUGACAAGAUCUGCUUAAAUUUGCGAAUGGUCUGUUAUAGUUUCUGACGCACCGCAACGCAAAAACUCUUAAGGUCGAGAAGUAAUAUUUUUCAAGGAAGUUGAAAUAUCUUAAAGAAAAUCAUGGCAACUCCUGAUUACAAAAAAGUAACUCACUGCAUUUUUGACAUGGAUGGGCUUAUCUUGGAUACAGAGAAAUUAUACACGGAAGCCUUCAAUAGCAUUAUUAGGCCAUUUGGAAAAGAAUUUACUUUGGAGCACAAAGCCAUGACCAUGGGAUUAAAAAUUCAAAACACGAUAUGCAGAAUUAUCGAACUCUUAGAGUUACCGAUCACACCUCAAGACUUUACGGAGCAAUUUAGCAGCAUUGCAAAUAAACUCUUUGCGGACUGUGACUUAAUGCCAGGUGCCGAGCGUCUUCUGCGGCAUUUGAAGCAGAAUAAUGUAUCCAUUGCAUUAGGCACAAGCUCCUCUGUAGACAGUUAUAAAAUCAAAUCGAAGAAAUGGAAACACAUCUUUGAUUUAUUUGAUCACAAAGUAUUUGGGGGCAGUGAUCCUGAAGUUGUUCAAGGAAAACCACAUCCAGAUAUAUUUUUAGUUGCUGCCAAACGGUUUUCGGACAACCCAGAUCCGUCAAUGUGCCUUGUUUUUGAAGAUGCUCCAAAUGGGGUGGAAGCAGCGGUGAGAGCUGACAUGCAAGUGGUUAUGGUACCGGAUCCAAAUUUACCAAAAUAUUUAGCAGAAAAAGCUACGUUGGUUCUUAAAAGCUUAGAAGAUUUUAAACCAGAACUAUUCGGACUACCACCAUACACAAAGUAACAGUACAUAUAGGAGAAUUUUGUAAAAUUUCACUUAUGUAAAUGAUGGAUUCGUAAAUGUGACAGAGAAUAAAGUAGCAACUGUAAAAUUGUUAAA